GCCCCCGAACCCCCGGCUCUCCUGUGACGCCGUUGCGAUCGCCGGGUCCCCCGGGCCCCCAGGAGGCGGCGCGUGGGCUGUGACCUCCCCGCCGCUUCCGCUCUCGCCCGGCUGCAGCCUCGCGCUCGGCUCCGCAUCCCGAAGGGCCCGGCGCGCUCCUCCCGCGUCCCUGGCUCGCUGAGUCGGGCCCGGUCCAGCGUCGCCCCGGAGCGAGGGCAGCUGACGGCUCACAGGGUGGGUGCCGCUUCUGUGGGCACUGCUGAAAAGUGAGGGCAGCAAUGUCCGACAUCCUCCGGGAGCUGCUCCGCAUCUCCGAGAAAGCGGCCAACAUCGCCCGGGCGUGCAGGCAGCAAGAAGCCCUCUUCCAGCUGCUCAUCGAAGAGAAGAAGGAGGGAGAGAAGAACAAGAAGUUCACCUUGGAUUUCAAGACCCUGGCUGAUGUGCUGGUACAGGAAGUUAUAAAACAGAACAUGGAGAACAAGUUUCCAGGCUUGGAAAAAAACAUUUUUGGAGAAGAAUCUAAUGAGUUUACUAAUGAUUUGGGGGAAAAGAUUACCAUACAACUGUGCUCAACAGAGGAAGAAACCACAGAGCUUCUUAGCAGAGUCCUCAGUGGUAACAGAUUGGCAUCUGAAGCGCUGGCCAAGGUUGUUCAUCAGGAUGUUGCCUUCGGAGACCCAGCUCUGGAUUCCAUAAACAUCAGCAUUCCACAGGACAUUCUGGGAAUUUGGGUGGAUCCCAUAGAUUCAACCUAUCAAUACAUUAAAGGUUCUGCUGACGUUAAAGCCAACCAAGGGAUUUUCCCCUGUGGCCUUCAGUGUGUCACCAUUUUAAUUGGUGUCUAUGACAUACAGACAGGGAUGCCUCUGAUGGGAGUCAUCAACCAACCUUUUGUGUCACAAGACCUAAACACACUCAGGUGGAAAGGAGAGUGCUACUGGGGCCUUUCUUACAUGGGGACCAACAUCUAUUCACUCCAGCCCACCACCUCUAAAAACAGUGGCAAAACCCAUCCUGCAAGCACCAGCUCUGAGGGCAAAUCCCCCCACCCUUUCUCCGCUGUCAUUAGUACAAGUGAAAAGGAGACCAUCAAAGCUGCACUGUCACGGGUGUGUGAAGACAGCAUCUUCCGGGCAGCUGGGGCUGGUUACAAGAGCCUUUGUGUGGUCCAAGACCUUGUGGAUGUUUACAUCUUUUCUGAAGACACCACCUUCAAGUGGGACACCUGUGCCCCGCACGCCAUCCUGAGGGCUAUGGGUGGGGGGAUUGUGGACAUGAAAGGAUGCCUAGAAAGAAGUGCAGGAGCAAGGCUGAGUCUGCCGGAGCUGCUGUAUCACACGGAAAACACAGGAGCCACUGGGGUCGAUCGCUGGGCCAACAAGGGAGGACUGAUUGCAUACAGGUCCAGAAAGCGGCUGGAGACCUUCCUGAGCCACCUCCUCCAAAAUCUUGCAUCUUUGGAGUCACAGACAUAGAAGGGCUCUGAUCUCAAUGUACACAUAGACUGAACUAUUUUCCAUUAUCUCUGUCUUUUGAAGAUAGUGUUGUCCUGUUGGUGGUUAAUGCACAUCUUCCUCUUUUGAGGAGCAUUUUUCCAUUUUGUGUUCAUAAUGUUAAUUUUGGUAACUUAAUGACAUUCAUGCAGCAAUUAAGUAUGAUAUUCUUACAGUAAAUAUUGUACUGCUAAUGUUGCUUGAAACACUUCAAUAAAAUACUGCAGAAGAAAAAUUCUGUUCAGUUAGUAGGGCUACUCUAAACAUCUGAGUUAUAAGAGGAAUACCACUGAAAUAUCAGGGAAAAUACUAAAGGGGUUCGCUUGGGUUUUGUUUCCUGUCUUGAUGGGAAAAUCUGCCAGUUUAGAACUUUGAAUUUGCAUAAUGUAGCCAAGUUCAAGUAUUUUCAUACUAUUCUUGUGUUUCUCAUAAGAAGGAAAGCCUGGAGCACUCAGGAGAGAAAGCUAGGUAUAUGCACAGAGAGAGGAGGGGGUGGAGAGAGAGAGAAAGAUGCAGACACUCCAUUUGUGUAGGAGAGAAUGUAAAGGAGUAAAGAGGCUUUUGUAAUUUUUGCAUAUUUACUACUCUUGCCAAAAACCAGAGAGAGGCUUCAGAUAUAUGAACCCAUGGGUAUAACAGUGUCCCACACUUGAAUGCUCUGAGAUGUGCACUGGCCACUUUUCCUGUGUUCUUUGGCAGGCCUGGCAGCCCGGGGUGCAGGAGGGGGGCUCAGACACUCAGCUCUGACUUCUUUCUGCCCACCACCCUCUAGGGGCCAAAGGUGUUUUUUUCCCCUACAAUUACAAAGGAAUGAAAAUAACACUCCAUUUUUUCUUCUAAUGUCUUUAGAUUUUAAAAAAUUGACGAAUGUUGUAUACAUUUAUGUUGUAUAAUAUGAUGCUUUGGAAUAUGUAUACAUUAUGCAAUGGAUAUAUUAAUAAUACUGUCUCACUUUUUUGUGGUGAGAACACUUAAAAGCUACUGUUAGCAACUCUCAA